UUCUGCUCUUCAAUUACCCCAUUUCACCUGUGUUGUGAGUGAGUGAGCUUGGUUUUGCUACGCUACCAUGGCCGAGUUCAAGCACCUUGUCAUUGCCAAGUUUAAGGAGAGUGUGAACUUGGAAGAGAUUGUUGAGCAAGUGGAGAAGAUGGUUUCUGAUAUUGACUAUGUCAAGUCCUUUGAAUGGGGACAUGAUGUUGAAGGGCAAGACAUGGUGACACAAGGCUUCACGCACGUCUUCUCAAUGACAUUUGAUGACAAAGAAGCCAUCGCUUCAUUUCUUACCCAUCCUAAACAUCUUGAGUUCUGUCCCACUUUCAGUGCAGCCAUUGACAAGAUUAUUGUCCUUGAUUUCCCCUCUCUUCUUGUCAAGCCACCUGCGCUGCCACCCCCAUCACCCGAAGCUGUUCCACCAUCUGUGAUGGCAUCCACACCUUUACCACCACCACCACCGCCAGUAUCAGCACCAGCACCACCACCGACACCGGCAUCUGCUCCGGCAUAAGAUUUAGAAACGUUAAAAAAAUCGUAGUCUCAUCUUUAUUUGCAGUAUGUAGUGUUGUGUUCUUCUGUUUGCUUUGAGAAUCAUGGAAAGUGAAGUGUUUAGUUAAUGGGACGAAUGUGGUUGAUGAAGAUCCAUGCAUUUGGUUGCUAAACUAAUAUAAUAUGUUCUUGCUAUGUUUCUUUUUA